AAAUUAUUAUUUCAUAAAUAAUAUAAACAAACAUAAUAUUAUUAAAUAAAAUUUAAAAACAUGAUCUCUAUUAUGACUUAUUUGUGAAAAUCACAUGUGAGUAUAAAUGAGUAUAAAACAUUAUAUUAUCAUUAGACUAAAAAUGAAUAUUAUCCGUUAGAACAGUUGACGUUAGUUGUCAUUUUUUAUUAAACCUAUAUGUGACCUAUAUUCUAUGUUAUUUAUAUAUGUCCUUAGAAGUAUCAUUUAAAUUAUAUCAAACGUAUUUUGUGUGUAUAUAUAUAUACGUUUGCAUUUACGAAAGAAUAUCAUUCUAAAUGUAAGUUAGUGAACACAUUGUAAUAAGAUUAAUAAAUUAUACUUCUUUUUUAAGUCAUCAUGCAAAAAAAAUUACUGCGUGUAUUAAUGUAUUUUAAGUUUUUAUUUCUGUUAUCAAUCGUCGCGCAUGCGGAAGAGGAAAAUUCCACCAGAUUUAAAAUUCAACCAAUCAGAACCGAUCCGUUAAAAACAGCAUUAUUUAAAGUACAAUCAAAUGCAGAUUAUCUGAGAAAAACGUUUGCGAGAAAUAGAGAAGAUUAUAUAGUAGUUAUUAAAGAUAUACAAACAGAAAGUAAAUCUGAUCGUAAAUUAUUAAUAAUCAAAAAAUUAAUGGAAGAGAUAGUGCAUUUUAUUCAAGCAAGUUCAACAGUAAUAGAUAAUGCCAGAUCUAAUAUUAACAAUGAAACUUUUCCAAAGAGUGAUGGUAUUAUAAGUGCCUUGUUUUCGAUAUUGGAGAACAUAUCUUUUUUUGGAGAUCUUGUUUUUCAUUUCCCAGAUAUAGUUGCUAAAAUUUUAAGAUUUGAAAAAAAAUGGAUUGAAAUACUAUUGUUGUCUGCGCAAUAUACUGAUUCAUUUCAACAUUUGAUGGAUGAAUCUAGUUAUGCUGCAAUUUCUUUAGCUAAAAAGGAACUUAUUAAAAUAAAAGAAAAAUCAGGAACAAAUAAUAAUUUGCCUAAUAAAAAGAAGUCAAAGAAGAUUCUCUCAAAAUUCAUGAAAUUGGAAUUAUAAACAUUCUUGUGAUAGCUUCAAUAAAAUAUAUUUAAAAAUAUUUUUUAAUUUAAAUAAAUUUUAACAAGAUUUAUAUUUCUAUUCACUUCAUAUUAACAUUCAUAAAAAUCUUUUA